AUGAAGCUUUUCUGCUGUCGCCUGGCUGUGUUCUUGGCUUUGCUGGUGUGCUGGCCGACAGUACACAUAGGCUGGGCCUGGAUAUCUCAGAAAUGCCUGAUGCUAGAUGUGAUGACUUCAUACAGUCACUUUGCGGUCACUCUAAAAUGUCCAUGGUACGGCCUCACGGCUGCUUGUGACCAGGUCACUAACGUCAGCCUGGAUCUUUCUAGAAUCCCCCGUGGCAUGGAGACAAUCUGUCUGACAGGAAAGGAAGGCCUGGUUCUGCAGCCAAAUGCAUUCUCCAGAUUCCAGCACCUCAUAAGGCUUUACAUCGAUGGUGGUGUGGCUGCAAUACUGCCAGGAGCCUUCAGGGGGCUGUCCACAUUACAUGCUCUCUCCUUGGCGAGCCCAAAUCAGAUCCAUUUGGCGUUGACGUCCGAGGUGUUUCAGGACCUGACAGGUCUGGAGGAAUUGACUGUGACCAACUACGCUCUGGCUGCCAUGACAACCAACGUUUUCGCCCGACUGGGACAGCUGAGAAGCCUCGAAGUCACAUCUGAUGAUGUUGACUUCUCUGCUGUUGUGUGCAGGCUGCUGAGAGUCAAUGCUACUCUGACGAACUUGCAGAUGACGAUGGUGAACAUGACGCUGCUGAAAACUCCAGACUGUUUGGCUAAUUUGAGUGCAUUUCCCUUGCUGCAGAAUGUCUCUCUCGUCCUCCCAAACAUCACUACCAUAGAGACAGGUGCUCUACAGUGUUUCAAGAGGAUCACAAACAUUUGCGUGCCACUGGAAGAGCCAAUCAUGGCCCCGCUCUUACAGUCAGGCAUUCAGAGUAUUGAUUCUAUGGACAUCAGUUUGAGAGAUCUGAACGUGGAAAGUUUGUGUGAGAUUGUGCUGUCCUUCGCCGUGACAAAGUUGGCUGUGACGUGCCUCACACUUCGAGCUCAACCCAACUUGGCAUGGGCCAAGUGUCAAUCCCUGCAGUCCAUCUCUCUUCAACUAGAACGGCCGUCAGGUUCAGUUAUCAGUCUGAGCUUUAUUCACGCCCUAAGGAAUGUCACCUGGCUCGUUGUGGACGCUGGCGAUGGCUCUGUUCUUAAUCUCAGUGCUCUCUUCGGGAAGUUCCCUCACCAUCUGACAGAGGUAUCUAUCUCCGUGUCCCUGCACCCCAUAAACUUCAUUGUCACAGACGACAGCACCCCAGACCUCAACUUGACCCUCAACCUUAUUGGCAAGAGCAUCGGCCUGUUCGGCUGUGACAGACCCUUCAUCAAAUCGGUGACCAAGCUGAUGGUGACUACAGAUAGUUUCACGUGUGGUGGGCACGGCUCCUCGUCCUCUUCUGCCUUCCAGCACUUCAGCUCAGUGGAGUGGCUCAAAAUUGUCCAGUGGACCCGGAGCACUGUACAGGAUUUAUCAGGACUUAGCGGGCUGGUGCACUUGAGGGAGCUAGGCUUUCAGAAUGUGAACCUGGACAAUUCCACUGGCUUCACCACCGCCCUCCGCAACCUGACCAGGCUGGAAAAACUGUCUCUUGAAGAGUGCUGGCUGGACUCUUUGCAGGCUUCGACCUCUAUGAACCUCCAGUCUCUAAAAUUCCUUGAGCUGCUGAUUGACGGGAGCAAUGGUGUGACCGAGAGCUUUUUCGAGCCGUUGACCAGUCUAAAGCUGGUCAUUCUCGGCCAGCAGCACCUUCGCUGCGACUGCGAGAGUGCCAGGUUCGAGGAGUGGGCGAGGAGGCAGAGUGACGUCGAGGUGUUUUUGUCCCAUUACCAGCAGGAGUCGCUGCAGUGCGAAGUGGGGGGAAAGUCUCAGGACCUGAGGAGCUUUGGCGAGAAGCACUGCCGCCCGUACCUGGGCUUCAUGCUGUUCGUCAUCACCGCGACCCUUAACCUCCUCUUCAUCCUGGUCGUUCUCUUACAGCACCUGGCGAGAGAAUACCUGUUGGCACUGUUCCACAUAGCCGGCGGCUGGGUGAACGAGGCGCUGCGGCACCAUGACGGCCCCAGGGGGCGCUAUGACUACGACGCCUUUGUGUCGUACAGCGGGCGGGACGAGCGCUGGGUGGUAGACAGGCUCCUGCCCGCCCUGGAGCAGCGAGGCCCCCCCUUGCUGCGCCUGUGCCUGCACAGCAGGGACUUCCAGCCGGGCAAGGACGUGGUGCAGAACAUCACGGACAGCCUGUACCGCAGCCGGCGCACCCUGUGCCUCGUCAGCCGCCACUUCCUGCGCAGCGGCUGGUGCUCCCUUGAGAUGCGGCUGGCCACCCAGCGGCUGCAGGUGGAGCAUCGGGAUGUGCUGAUCCUGGUCUUCCUGGAGGCGGUGCCCUCUCACCUGCUCUCCGCCCACCACAGACUGGCCCGCCUGGUCAAGACCCGCACCUACAUCCAGUGGCCACAAGAGCCAGUCCAGCAGGAGGCUUUCUGGGACAGGCUGUGGGCCAAACUGGCCUCGGAAAGACGAUAGAUAGAGGAUAUGCUGCAUUACUCAGACAUUGUGUAAAUAUAAAGUUUAUGAUUAUAGACAUUGUACUGUGGAUGAAAUGUGCAUGUGCUCACAUGGAGAAUAUCAUAAUGGACUAUUUUUUAUGUUCCUCACUCAGUAUUAGCCAUUUAAAAUAACCAU